AUGGGCAAAGCGGAAGCCGGAAGUACAAAAUGGGUUGCGAAUAAGAUGAAGUCGAAGGGGCUGCAGCGCCUGCGCUGGUGGUGUGAGCCCUGCCAGAAGCAAUGUCGCGACGCCAACGGAUUUAAAUGCCACGUACAGAGCGAGAGUCAUGUCAGGAACCUCCAGAUUGUCGGCGAGGACCCAAAGAAGUUCAUCAACAACUUCAGUAAUGACUUCCAGAGGGAUUUUAUUAACUUGUUGCGCACGGCGCAUAACGAAAAGUGGAUAUCUGCGAACAAAUUCUACAAUGAGUAUAUCAGGGAUAAGGAGCAUGUACAUAUGAAUGCUACGAAAUGGAGUUCGCUCACAGAAUUUACAAAGCAUCUUGGUCGCGAGGGAAUUUGCCAUGUCAAGGAAGACGAAAAAGACGGCCUGAUGAUUGCAUGGCGGGACACCAGUGCUGCAGCGGUACAGAGACGCAACGAAAUUGCGGAAUUAGAGGCCGCCGAAGCGCGCAGCGGAGCCGGUGAAGACAAGAUGCUCAAGAAGAUGGCAAAACGUGCUCAGGAAGAAGCCGAAGCUAAAAAAGCUAUCGAAGCGAAACGAGCGGCAGCCCAGGCAGCAGUACAACAACAAAUUACCCCACCCGCGGAAGAAGCCUCGUCAACAGAAGGCAAGAAAUCGGAUUCACCGGCGGAUGUGGAGAAGCAAGGGGAAGAAAAGAAAGACGGCGAGGAAGCGAAGGCCGAUGCAGCACCCGUCAAAUUGAGUUUUGGCCUAAAGGCAAAGGCCGCUCCAGCUAACAAGGCUGGCCUUGGACAAAUGAAGAGUCAAAGCAUCUUCAAACGAAAAAAGGAUGAUGCGUCGGAGCAGAAGCCUGUGAAGAAAGUCAAGCUUUGAGGAGGGGACCAAGCAUUUCGAUUUUUGUUAAGUAUAGCGUGGCGUAUGGAGCAUUGUGAUGGGAUAUAUUGUACCAAGGACUGAUACCAUGGAUCUGGGGUCGUCAUAGCAGCAAAAUAGACUACGUUUUACUCAGCCUCCGAGCUUCGCACAUAUGCGGUAUGUCAUUCGACAGAUAGAGGACAGGCCUAGCUAGAGAAGCGUAAUUGAUUAAUGGAGCAUACGU